GCGGGUGAGGGGGCACGCAAAGAGAGAGAGAGAGAGGGAGGGAGGGAGGGAGGACAGAAGAGUCCGCGGAGGAGAGAAGGAGGACAGAUCGGAGGCAGAAAGCAGGAGGGAGGAUGCUGCGCUGACAUGCGGACCGUCGGCACGCUCUGAUCCGGCUCUACCUGCACCCAACCCGGCCCGAGAGCUGCUCAUCUCCCGCCUGAACACCCCCACUCUGCUCCUCCACCACCGGCAGCCCCUCGUCUCUCCUCGGACCGGCUCUUGUCGCCAUGCCGCCGGCCGCCUGCUCGGUCGGGCACCGACUCCGCAUCCUGCUGUCCGCGGCGCUGUGGAUCGGGCUGCUGUGGAGCCGCGUCUCAGCAGGAGAUAAAGAAGUCCCCACAGCCGCCCCCUCCUCCUCCUCCACCACCUCCUCCUCCUCCCAGGCUGCAGCGGGGACACAAGGGAGCACAAAGGAAAACAGCCCCAAAGCCAAAAGCUCAUUGGCCGGAGGUUUGCUCCAUUCAGUGCUGACUCAAAGAGGACGGCUCGUCUCCCAGAAAGGGGACAUCCUCCCGUCCGCUCUGCCCCAGAACCUGCUCCCCCUCCUGGGCAGAGGGCUCAGCGUCAGCUCCCUCCCUGGAAGUCGCUCCCUGGAGCAUCAGAGCGGGGGAUUACUGAGGAGGGUAAAACCCCCAGCAUCAGCUGCAGCGUCAGGCCGAGGCAGCGCUCCAACCGAGCCUCUCCCCACUGACACACACACUACACACACUACACACACUACACACACAACACACACUCCUGAGCAGGAGGAGGAGGAGCAGGAGGAGGAGGAGGUCACCACAGUGAUGCAGGACGAAGACACGGAGACAGGGACGCCUUCGCCAGCGGCGUCUAGCUGCGUGGUGAACUUCUCUGAUCCGGAGGGAUACAUCGACUCGUCUGACGACCCGCCUCUGCCCGAUGGCGCCUUCUUACACUGCACCUACACCGUCACCGUGUACACCGGAUACGGCGUGGAGCUGCAGGUGAAGAGUGUGAACCUCUCAGAGGGCGAGCAGCUCUCCAUACGGAGCGCGGACGAGCGCGGCGCCCUGCUGGUCCUCGCCAACCACACGCUGCUGGUGGAGGGUCAGGUGAUCCGCAGCCCCACCAACACGCUGUCCGUCUACUACCGCUCCGCCCCCGAGGCCAGCAUGGGCAUCUUCCAACUGCACUACCAGAUCUUCAGGCUGAGCUGCUCGCUGCCGAAGCGUCCUCACUUCGGCGAGGUGUCGGUGCUCGACCUGCUGCCUGGAGGCACGGCGCGCUUCCACUGCCACAUGGGCUACCACCUGCAGGGGGCGCCGCUGCUCACCUGCCUCAACGCCUCGAUGCCGGUGUGGAGCGGCAAGGUGCCCAGCUGCAGAGCUCUGUGUGGAGGAACCGUGAAGAACGCCACAGUGGGGCGGGUCCUGUCCCCGUCCCCCCACCACGGGCCCAACGCCACCCAGGACCGCUCCUGCUCCUGGUCCCUGGAGGCCCCCAAGGACCAGAGGCUGCACCUGCACCUAGAGAGACUGGCCCUGGGGCCCACUGACAGGCUGGUGCUGUGGAGCGGGCUGGACGCCGGCUCCGUGGUUCUGUUCGACUCGGGCCGGGGCGGACAGAUUCCCUUCGAGGGCGUGAUCAGCGAGGGUCCGGCUGUCAGGAUCCAGUUCAUCACCGACCAGCCGAACCACAACACGGGGUUCAACAUCCGCUACGAAGCUUUCGAGCGCGGCCACUGCUACGAGCCGUACCUGCAGAACGGGAACUUCACCACCUCCGACCCGCUGUACGGCGUCGGCGCCGUGGUUCAGUUCACGUGUGACCCGGGUCACGCUCUGGAACAAGGCCCGCCUGUCAUCGAGUGCAUCAGUGCGAGGGAUCCGUACUGGAAUGACACGGAGCCGCUGUGCAAAGCUCAGUGUGGAGGAGACCUGACGGGCCCCGGAGGAGUGAUCCUGUCCCCCAACUGGCCCGAGUGGUACGGAGAGGGAGAGGACUGCAGCUGGAGGAUCCAUGUCGGGGAGGACAAGAGGGUACUGCUGGACGUACAACUACUCAACAUCAGCGACAGCGACAUGCUGACCAUCACAGACGGAGACGAGGUGACGACCCGGAUCCUGGGCCGCUACGUGGGCGGCAGCAGCCCCUUCAAACUGUCCUCCACCACCCCCGACCUCACCGUCACCUUCCACUCCGACCCCGCCGGGCUCGUCUUCGGCAAAGGAGAGGGCUUCAUCAUCAACUACAUGGAGGUGUCCCGGAACGACUCCUGCCCAGACCUGCCUGAGAUCCAGAACGGCUGGAAGACCACGUCCCACAUCGCUCUGGUGCGUGGCGCUCGGAUCACCUACCAGUGCGACCCGGGCUACGACCUGGUGGGACGGGAGACCCUCACCUGCCAGUUAGACCUGUCCUGGAGCUCGCAGCCGCCCUUCUGUGAAAAGAUAAUGUACUGCUCCGACCCCGGUCACGUCGAACACUCCACCCGCUCUCUGUCGGACCCCAAACUCCUGGUGGGGACGACCAUCCAGUACAGCUGCACCCCCGGCUUCAUCCUGCAGGGCGGCGCCACCAUCACCUGCUACGGCCGCGAGCCGGGGACGCCCGUGUGGACGUCCAGACUGCCUCACUGUGUCUCGGAGGACUCUGUGUCCUGUGAGAACCCGGGUCUCCCUGAUAACGGCUACCAGAUCCUGUCCAAGCGCCUCUACCUGCCCGGAGAGUCUCUCACCUUCGUCUGUUACCAAGGUUACGAGCUCAUCGGAGAGGUCGCCAUCAAGUGCAUCCUGGGAAACCCGUCGUUCUGGAGCGGCCCGCUGCCUCUCUGCAGGGCCAACCAUGACUGCUUUGGCAACCAUGCUUUGGAAGUUGCCGAGGCGACAGCAGGCUCCACUCUGGACGGAGGAAACAUCGCGCUCGCUAUCUUCAUCCUGGUCCUGCUGCUGUCUGUGCUGCUGGGAGGAGCCUACGUCUACGUCACACGGUGCAGGUAUCACUCCAACCUGCGGCUCCCUCUGAUCUACCCCCACCCGUACCGACAGAUCACCGUGGAGACGGAGUUUGACAACCCGCUGUACGAGACCGGAGGAGACACUCGUGAAUAUGAAGUAUCGAUAUGAGAAGACGUUUCUGCGCCGCCCCCGCCCCGCCUCCUUCCUCCCCUCCUCCCUCCUUCUCCGCCCAGGAGGAGGCGAUGUAAAUACAGAUAGAUGAUGUCCCGCCCCUUCUGCCAGGAGACGCAGCCAUCCAUCCUGUUCUCUCCUCCUCUCUGACGGGACGUGACGGGAGAGGGAGACGAGUGGAUCGGACGACUGGAGACGGAGGACGGAGGGGGGAAGAAAAAGACCCAAAGAUCCUGGAGGAACAUCCCACAGGGUGAGAAAACAGGAGGUGUUGGUGUCAGAGAGAAGAGGAGGAGGGGAGGAGGGGAGGGAGCAGCGGGCAGGACACAGGGACACCAGAGAUUAAAGCACUUUUAAUGUUUUUGUCAAAUGUAAGAAAUUUAGUGAAAGUUAUAAUCCUGAAGAUUUUCAUCAACACAAAAUCCACUUUUUAUCAUUUUUAUGGUUGGAUUUUUUCUGCAAGAGCAAUUUAACAUAUUAGUUUCAUAGUUUUGAUUGUUAGUGGCGGGGUCCACCAUCCCCCGGCCUGGAUUCAGGGGUCAGUGCAGCAUGAAAUCCAGCUUUAAAGUUUUUCAUUUUAUGUCACUUAUAUCAUCUUCACUUGUCAGGUUUCCUUCAAAAUAAUUCACAAUUUUUAAAAAUAAUUUUAAGAAAAUCUGCUAAAGAAAAUGAAAGUUUGUUUCCAUCCACUACACUGUAAAAAAAAACAAAAAAAACAAAAAACAAAGCUGAAGCAGACUUUUUUAAUUCGACACUAAAUAUUUUUAUUGCACUUUGCAGCAUUUUGCUUAAAUAAACACAAAUGUUUCAAACUUCAGCUAAACAUUAAAACUUUUGCAACAUUUCAUGAUUUUAUUUCUAAUUUUUGCCUUUUAAAUUGGGGGGUUUUUUGGAAUGGUCUUUGUUGCACUUUUACAUGAUAAAAUUAGGUCAAUGGAAACCUUAAUGCUGCUUGCAGGUGGCUUUUAUUGUGAAAUACACAAUACAUCUCAUGAGUCACGACCUCUUGCCUCUAAUUGGUGACAACAAGAAAGUAAAUAAAGGUCAGUGGCUUCCUUUUAUUCCCUCUUCUCGUUAGUCCUUCAACGUUUCAGCUAAACAUCAAAACUUUUGUCUUGUAAUUUUUGCCUUUUAAUUUGGCGGGUUUUUUUUUAAAUGCAAACAGUGGUGGUCAACAUGAGCUGUAUUUAAAUGCUUUUGUUUUGCAUUUGUUUUGCAAUUUAACUUAAUUUGAUCAAAUUAGGCCGAUGGAAACCCACCUGUUCACUGUUUCACUGCUGUAUUAAUGUUAACACUUCCUGCUGCUGCUUCACAUAAAGUCCUGAAAUUACAGGUGGCUUUUAUUGUGAAGCAGUCACAGGAAACACAAUGAUCAAGCAGGACUGAAAUCUGAAGGAUUAUAACUUUAAGAUAUUUUUUGGAAUUAAAUUGACAGGCACAAUGGUGAAUUUAUUUUUAUUUAAUUUUUUAUUAUUUACAUUCACACUCAUGAGUCACCAUCUCUUGUCCUUUUUUUUCUUCAAAUCUUUGCCUUUUUACUUGACUUUUUUUUUAAAUACAAAAACAGUCUGUGUAGCACUUUGGUCCACAUGAGUUGUAUUUAAAUCCUUUUUUAUGCAUAAAUUGGACUUAAUUUGAUGAAAAAAAAAUGAAUUUGAUGGAAACACACUCGUUUACUGCUAAUGCUAAGCUAACACUUCCUGCUGCUGCUUCACAUUAAAAGUCCUGAAAUUGCAGUUGGCUUUUAUUGUGAAGCAGGAAACACAAUGAUCAAGCAGGACUGAAAUCUGAAGGAUUAUAACUUUUUAAGAAUAUUUUGGAUAACUUGACAGGCAGAAUGGUGGAUUAUUAUAAUUUUUUUGUUUUUAUUUACUCACGAGUCUCCACUUCUGGCCUCUAAAUGGUGACAACAGGAAGUUAAUAAGGCCAGCGGCUCCCUGUGUCCUGCCCCUGAGCUCCCUGCUGCCUGCAGUCACCUUUCAGGCUUUUUUUCCUCCGGCAGGUCCAGCCCUGGCUCUAGCUGUAGUUACGUGGUAUUUAAACACCUCCGGGGGCCAGUGCAGUACUGAUGUCUUAUUUUCUCACAUUAGUUAGAUGGAUGACUGUGGUAGACCGGCCCCGGGGGUCUCCAGGGCUUCUGGACCGGCUCUGGAUUUUUAAAAAAAAGUCCAAAUGAAAAACAUGCGUUGUUGCAGACGUGGAGGUUUGCCAUGUGAAUAGCGUAGCUGUAGUUAAUAACUGACUGAAGCUCAAUCAACCCACCAGAUGAUGUAAUUUAUUUUGAUGUACUGUAUAUGUGAUGUUUUAUGCAGAUUGAUAAAUGUACAUUUUCAUUAUGAGAAGACAGAUGUUAACAGUUUCCCUAAAUAAAUGGUAAAACUUGAAUAAAAAGUACAAAAGACUUUCUAAAUA